AUGGUUCCUGCUGCUGAGGCUGACAUCAAGCUGACUGGGGCCUUUAUGGGAACUAUACCGACACCCAGCCCUCCAAGCGUUGAUGAACAACUCCAGCAAAGACGACGAAGACGACAACAACAACAACAACAACAACAACAACAACAACAACAACAACACACCUGGAUCCAAAACGCUAGGAGUCCAUAUAGCCCCACUGAUGAGGCUAUAUACCUUGCCAGUGAGCAUAACAGUGACUCCUCCCCGCAAGAAGGACUGCCAAGUUCCUUCCCAGCAAGCCCCUACCAGCACCCGAAUGUGGUCGAAGGGGAUUGGCUGUGGGAUAUUUCCCAGGCCGAACUGUGCCCCCAAAGCCUUGCGCUUGGAGACAUUCGAAACGACCAGAGCGGUGUCUCAGGGUUGGCGGGACUGGCCAUGGACCAGUCUCCAACUCCUUUGACCCUUGAUCUAGAAGAAGCGCUACUAGUCGAUGGAAAUUGCCUGGGGCACAUCGCUCACUUCCAACUUAAGAUUGCUCGCAAGAUGAACUCUAUGUCUCACCUCAGCCCUGCUCACCUAGAGCAUGAGGCUGCCCAUGUUCUGCAAUGCUCCGCCGAGUUUCUUAAGCUCAUCACAUCACUCAUUAAUGCGGAGAACGAGUGGAAAGGGCCCCAGCAGUCGUCACCGAUCAACACGGCUGUCUUUUUGCAGCUCACGUCCAUUACCAUCCGGUUGACCGAGAUGCACUACUGGCUCUACUCUUCCAUUUACUGCCAUCUGUGUGCAACUACUCCCCCAGUCGCUGUUAGAAAUGAAGGCGACAAGAUUUUGACCAAGCUUUUGUCAUUUUCCGUUGCCGGCGUUGAUCUAACUCCAUCGUGCCCUCAAUUUCGGCUACAGAUGCUUCUACACACCGGAGUGCACUAUCUUGACCGCAUACAAAAGUCUCGUGAAAACCUAAAGAGCUUUACCUUAGAUGGAGCAUCUGAACACUUGCCUCGUCUGGCUCUUCAGAUGCACAUAAGAUCAGAGAAGUAA